ACACGACAGAGGGCUGCCAGGCGACAGCAGCGUUACAUGUGUGUGAGACAGUGAAAAGCAUCAGACACCAUGACCAUCAGAAACACCCUCCGGGACCAUGGACAGAGGCAUCGACCACGGAUGGCUUGUCUCAAGAAGGCGGAGAAGGUGAUGCUGGAGAUGCAGGAUCCCAAAACAGGAGUUAAGUCGCAGCCUCAGAGACUGGUUAUCACAACAAUACCACACGCUAUUACCGGUGAAGACAUAAUUGCAUGGUUAGCGGACAGAUUCCAAAUAGACACACAAGAGGCGAGGAAUUUUGGCUCAAUGCUGGUGGCGUUGGGAUACAUCUACCCUCUACAAGACCACAGACGCUUAGUGAUCAAACCAGAUGCAUCGCUCUAUCGCUUCCAGACACCGUAUUUCUGGCCCACACAGCAGUGGCCUGUGGAGGAUACAGAUUAUGCAAUCUAUCUGGCCAAACGAAACAUACGCAAGAAAGGAAUCCUGGAGCUGCAUGAGCAGGAGCAGUAUAACCGCCUUCACAAGUGGAUGAAUCAUAAAUGGGAUUUCAUCGUGAUGCAAGCGAAAGAGCAGUACAGGGCUGCGAAGGAGAGGAAGAAACCAGACCGAGUGGUGUUUGAGUGCCAGGAGAGAGCCUACUGGGUGGUUCACAGACCUCCGCCGGGGACAGUGAGCGCCAUGGACUAUGGGCUGGAUCGACGAGCAGAUCCGAACGCAGAAGAGGUAACAGGUGAGUCUCCCAAAACCCCCGACUUCUACGAGAGAAUCAUGAUCUUUACCCAGCAGUCCAUCAUGAGGCCCAGAGUGAAGUCGUCUGUGUCCAUCGGCGCAUUGGUGAAGUACUGCGCCACCUAUAGCAGCCAUGAUCCUUUCCUCUCCAAGUGUCUACCCAGCAACCCCUGGCUCACCGAUGACGCCACGUACUGGACCCUGAACAUGCCCAAUGUGGAAAUACCGACGAAGAUGCGCGUGGAGAGGUGGACGUUCAGCUUUGGAGAGCUGCUCUCGGACCCUCGAGGACGAAAUGAUUUCAGACUCUUCCUCAAGAAAGAAUUCAGCGGAGAGAACUUGGCGUUCUGGGAGGGCUGUGAAGACCUGAAGUGGGGCACUGCUGCGACGAUGAGAGAGAAAGCAGAGCAGAUCUACAAGACAUUCCUGGCACGUGGUGCACCGAGGUGGAUCAACAUCGAUGGAAAGACGAUGGAAAUCACGGUGAAAGGCCUGCAGCACCCGCACAGAUACGUCUUGGACGCCGCCCAAACUCACAUCUACAUGCUCAUGAAGAAGGACUCAUACGGCCGGUACAUGAAAUCUCCGGUGUUUAAGGAUACGUUGAAGAAGGCCGUCUGUCCUGAGGAGCACAAGUUCAGUGAUGCCCAGUUGGAGCAGAAUGCAAAGAACAGACGACCCAGUCUCAGCCCCAUCGUCCUCCGGCAGCUGGAGCAGGAGCAGAAGGCCAAGAUGGCCGCCAAUGUUGACAUCACACAGGUCAUGAGCAAACUCAGCAAGCAGGGCAAGGAGGCACCUCCUCCUCCUCCUCCUCGUCCUACUGAGAACUGAACACAAACAGGAGGAGUUUUACCUACUAAUUUGACAGGAUUAGGAUUUUUCUCACUUAAUUUAUAUAAAUAAUGUUUACAUUUUACAGCCAUUUUAGUUUAAGUUUAAAGCUGCUAUAAUAUAUAGCAUCUGUAACGUUACUAUUUCAAUUAACUCUCACUGCUUAUGUUAGCAUAAAAGCUCUAAAAAUCCACUUUACGUGACCUGCUCAGCACCAAACGGCACACGGACAGACAAAGUUAGCAGUUAGCUAGUGAACAUGCGAACGAAAAAACGAGGCUUUGAGAGUGACUACUGGAUUUAGCUUCAUCAGUUGUUCAGAAACACGACUUUAAAUUGAACGCUAGUGUUGCUUUGUGUCUGCUGAAUUUGUAAAUAAGCAACAAGUUCGUCAUAUUGACUUAACAGGUGAUAAUAUGUGACUGUCGUGUUCAGCUUGUUUCUGCUGCCCCCGAGUGGCCAAAAACUGAACAUCCUCAGACAUACGUAUCCAUGCUAGUGUCAAAGAUCUAGUUUGAAUGUGACGUUCAUUGGUAUUAAGGCCAGUGUUAAAUAUGCACAUCAGCUAACUGAACAAUAAAUUAUUAUUAUUUUAAAGGGUCGUUUUCCCAUUUACCUCUCACGGUAUUUGGCCCUGCUCAUAUUUUGGUUUUACAUGUCACAGAGACUUCUUGACUUCUUGUUUUUGCACCACACAUGAAAUUUAUCUACCUGACGAAUGUCUCAGUGACACAAAUCUCCAAACCUGGACUAAUAAAACCACUAUGAGAGGUGAGGUUUUGUGAGUUUUGAAUGGAGCCUUUAAACAGAUCAACACCAGUGGCCAUGUUGGUUACCAUCUGUUCUGUCAUGUUGUUGCUUGUAAUACACGUGUUGUACCGUCCAUCUCCACUCAUAGACUGUGGAUGUAUCGGUGUUAGAGCUCUACUGUGUGCUUUCUUUGUCAUCAGUCAUGAGAUAA